AUGGCCAUCUCUUCCCUCCUUCGUCGAGGAGUGGAAGCUGCUGUGGACUACCAGUCCAAGCAGCCCUCCCAGAGCCAGCCAACCAUCCAUUUGGCGGGGUGGUUGUCGGCUUUCUUCAUCUUCACCGUCCUCGCUUUCAUUGCCAUUCUUCUUUCGGUCGAGUACACUUACGGACAGCUGGUUCCUACCCUCGCUAUCGUGGAAGAUACGAACCCUGAUAUCUACGUCCGCAUCGAUACCGACUUCGACCCGAACAAGCCCGUCGAUGCGACCGAGCCUGAAAUCGAGACCCGCCCGCAGCCCAUCACCAACAAGUUAUGCACCACUAUCCGCCAUCUUCGCGCCCGGGCCGGUCCCUGGUCCCGUUUCCGCGGGCUGAGCAUGUACUUGGCCUACUGCUUUGCUCAGUCGGCUGUAUACUCCCUGGUGCCCUUUUCUGCUGCAGCAUUCCUUUCUCAUUACAUCAUGUACGUUCUCAGCGGCGUGCUUGUGGCCAACCUCCAGCUCGCGUGGGUUCACAUUGUCAUCUCGGAGCCCUCUCCGAAGCGCUUCUACCAGCGCAUCGGGGGCUUCCAGACUUGGAAGCGGAUCGCUCCCGUUGCGGCAUUCGAGCAUGCUGUCACCGGCGCCGGCCUGUACGCUCCCCUUUUCCUUAUCGAGGCCUUCGGCGGCUUUGACGGACUCAAGGACUUGGACUCCUUCACCCCUUCCGAUCCUUCUUUCACCAAGGCUAUCUGGACCAUCUAUGGUCUCCUCCUUGUGCCCACCGUGGUGUCAUUUGUGGCCUCCAUUCCUGCGCGGGCUAUCUUCCUUCGCGUGGCUGCUUCCAUGCUUCCUGAAGAGGAUGAGGCUAUUGUGCCUUUCGACCGCUCCUACGGCGGCAAGGUGCAGCCUGCCAUCCUGGGUGGCAGUGGUAAGCUCAGCAUCUCCGAUGCUUGGAAGACCCUCGAUCGCGCUGCACUGACCCGCUUCGUGAAGUCGAUGUGCAAGGCGGUCGCUAUUGAGGCCGGCGUGACUAUGUUCUUCACGCUGCUACUUACCGGCCAGAUCCUCGCCGGCGCUCUGCAGCAGAUGCAAUCGGACAAGGACAUCCCCGGCAUCAGCUGUGGAUUGGUCGACAACAACGUCUUCGAGUGGGAGGUGAUGCUCAUGAUCUCCGAUGAUGUCAAGCUCUACGGCGGUGGUUUCUUCCGCGCCCGGCUCUCCUUCCCCCCGGAUUACCCUCACAUGCCGCCGAAGAUGAAGUUCGAGACUCCUCUCUUCCACCCGAACAUCUACCCCAACGGUGACGUCUGCAUCUCCAUCCUCCACCCCCCGGAGGAGGACAAAUACGGCUACGAAUCCGCCGCCGAGCGCUGGUCCCCCGUGCAGACCCCCGAGACGAUCCUGCUCUCCGUCAUCUCCAUGCUGUCCAGCCCUAACGACGAGAGCCCCGCCAACGUCGAGGCGGCGCGGCUAUGGCGCGAGAACCCCCAGGAGUUCAAGAAGCGGGUGCGCAAGUGCGUGCGCGACAGCUUGGGCGAGGAGUAA